AGUUAGUAUCUGCAGCAGAGAUGUAAUGAAGUCCUCCAUCUGGCAGAGCUCUGCAGAUCCACUCACCAAACUCUUCAAUCUCUGAGGAAAAGCAGGACUGAGUCCGUCAGCGUUUGCUGUAGAAAUGAGACUCAUUCCAGGAAGCGGCUCACCUGUGUAUCAGUGGAGAUUCUUCUUCUUCUUCUCUGAACAAACUGUGAAGGUAGAAAGUGUGUGUGAGCUGAUGUGAAUCCGACAUCAUGGAUCAGGACAGAGAGGAGGGAGUCCCUCCAUCUAAAACCACUCAGAGGAACCAACCUGGACCUGGACUUAGACCAAGACCCAGACCCAGACCAAAACCUAUACCUAGACUCAUAUCUGGACCUGGACAUGAAGUUAAACCUAAAGGUGAACCUAAACCCAGCUGUGUGUCCAUAAAGAGCGCCCAGUCAAGAGAUGAUUUAAUUGAUUUCCAACAAAAUCAUGGAUCUGUCAAGCAGAUGGUUCAAAGGCUAGAACAUGGAUCUGGACCUUGGCAUGAAGUUACAACUGAACUUAAACCCAGCUGUGUUUCCAUGAAGAGCGACCAAUCGAAAAAACGUUCUGUUGAUUUCCAUCAAAGUCCUGGACAUGACAGACAGUUCCUUCAGAAGCUAGAAUGUGGACCUGGACCUAAACCUGGACCUGUAUCCAGCUUUGUGUCCAUGAAGAGCAACCAGUCAAAGGGAGAUGUAAUUGAUUUCCAUCGAAGUCGUGUAUCUAACAGACAGGGCAAGCAGGAGCUCCAGUCUUCGCCAGAUUGUCACACUUUACUGCGUGCUCUAGAUCUCGAUCCCCUGGAAAACCACAGCACCCAGGAUAUUAACCAACUGCUUGCCAAGCCGACUGCCUGCCUGCUCGCCCUGCCUGCAACCGAACACUCUCACCACCUCCCGGUUACCCCCUCCAGCUCUAGCCUUUCUCUGGACUUCAAAAGACCCACCGGACCUGGACCUUGCCACUCACAAUCACUGUAAUAAAUAUUGUUUGCAUCUUACCUCAUCUCUCCGAGUGUUACUGCAUUUGGGUCCGGUUCCUGGUACUACGGUCUCCGACCGUGUCAGACUGUACUUGCCUUAUGAACGUGGAAGUCAACUAGACAUUAAGUUGUAUUAUUGGGCUACACAGCUAAGGUCUAUUAUGGUUUUUUAUACUAAUCAUUCACCACACUGGAUAAAAAUGGAAACUCAAGGAUUACAUUUACCUCUUCGCUCUUAUAUCUAUUCAAACACAAUAAGAAAUCUACUGAGACAGACCAAAAAUCCAAUUCUCAAAAAUAUGAUAAAAGUAUGGAGUGAAGUAAAAAAGUUUUAGAAAGAGCCACAAUGCCUCUCCCAGUUUAGUCCAUUAUGGGGCAACCAGGCUUUUUCACCGGGCAGAGCAGACACAAUAUUUAAGUUGUGGAAAGCCAAGGGACUAGUAAUGGUUCGAGACGUCUAUAUCCAGAGAAACACAACUAUACUAAAAAUGAACGAACAUUUAUAGACCUCAGUUUAAUGCCAAAAGAUGUAUAGCUUUGUUUUGGAAAAUACUUCCAGACCAAGCAGCACCCACUGGAUUCGGCAGAUGUUGUCUGCUCUGCCACUAGUGAAGAUUACGUAUGUAUCAAAAGUCAAACAGGAACUUUUUGAAUAUAUCUGGAACCCCUUUAUUGAUUAUGUGAAAGAUUUGGAUUUAAAGGAGGACAGCAUCAAUGACUGAGUUAUGCAGACUCUGUAGUUUCUGCUUCGACAUAUAUAUAUAUAUAUAUAUAUACAAAUAUAUACGUACUAGUCUACUUAUACUCCUUAAAUUUUGUUGAUUGUCAUUUUUAUUAUUUAAGAUGAAUAUGUAUAGCAGGUUGCAUUGCUCAAUAAUGGCUUCUAUAGGCACCUUGUGUUUGAUUUUGUAUGUUUAAAUUGUAUGAAAACUUUUUUAAAAUAAUUAUGGCAAAAAUCGUCCAUCAUAUCUCUCCAGCCUCUCAGUUACAGACCAAAGCAAUGGUUCAAACUGGACUAGCAUUAGCCCCGCCCACUGAGUUUGACGGACUAGGCUGAGAGAUAAAAUAAAUUCAUGAUGCUUUGCAACACAGGACCAUGAAAUAAUUAACUAAAUAGUAAGAUAAUUAUAUAUGUUUUU